ACCCACUCCGGCCCCCCUCGCACCCCACCUGUCUUACCCGGGCAUCUCUCCGUAUGAUCCUACCUGCGGUGUUGAUUAAGAUACGGAAUAAUUAACUACGUCUAACUACCAAGCCAAUAAAGUCCCUUUUAAGCAUACUUGUUAAUACCCCGAACCUGUAAGCUAUGGUUGCAUCGCGAUGCGGGUCCGGUCUAGAUCGUGUUUCUCUGGAACCGCCAGUGGAUCACGCUCUCAUGCCCGUAAAGGAGAUUACUUAGGGGUACAGAUUCAUGCUGUGUAAGUCUAUAAUACCAUUGGCAUCCCCUACCUGGAAAAACACUGCCUGAUCAACAACCUUUCCAUUGAAGGCACCUAUUCGACAAAUCAUCGUCUUCAGAGUCAUCGCAUCGUUCCUCCUUUUAAUAUUUCCAACAUGGGUUUCCUUGGGUUCUGGUGGCUGCUAGCUCUGACAGCCACGGCCGCACCAACAGCCCCUACUACUAUCCACCUAUGCGGCGAUUCAACCAUGGCAAAGGGGGGCGGUGGCUCGGGAAUACCUACAGAGGGCUGGGGCGAGUACCUGAAGUACAGCUUCGGCUCGGAUUACGUCGUACACAACGCUGCGAUCGGCGGGCGGAGCGCAAGGUCAUUUACCCGCGAAGGCCGCUUCACGGAAGUAGCUAACGUGGUCAAGCCGGGUGAUUGGGUGGUUAUCGAGUUUGGCCACAACGACGGGGGCAGUCUAAGCAACGACAACGGCAGAACCGACUGCCCCGGAGAUGGCGCUCAGACUUGCCAGACGACGUAUAACGGCGUUAAGGAGACGGUCCUAACAUAUCCGGCUUACUAUAAGAACGCCGCGAAGUUGUUUCUGGAUAAAGGAGCGAAGGUCAUUUUGAACUCUCCUACCCCGAACAACAUUUGCGAGAGCGGCAAGUGUGUUGACGACGUGUCAAGAUUUGACUAUUAUGCUUGGCAUGCGGCUGCCGAACUAGCAAACCCGAAUGUGUACCAUGUCCCGCAUAAGCAGUAUGCAGUCCAAGCCAUGAAGAACUUGGGCCCGUCAACUGUCAACGCCAACUAUCCAAAAGACCACACGCAUACAGGAGCGUACAUGGCCGACGUCAUGGCUGGGAGCUUCGUGUUGGGCCUUAGGUGUGGAACCACUGCGCUAGGUGCAGCUGUCAAGAAUUCGACUGAGUCGCUAACGAAAUCCUUCUACGGAGCUUGCAUACCACAGAACAGCACCGUCCCUAUUUAAAAUGGUCGGCCUAGUGUUGGAAAGAAAAUGCACGGGCAACUAACAAGUAAAGCUUUCAAAGUCUAUCGACUAUCCAGACAUGCGCUGCUCCUUCAUCGUACAUCAGCAGAAACUAGCUCAAGAAGGAUACUGUAUAAGUCUAGAAGUGAACUCGGUAGUAAAAUGUCUAAUGGAAA